UUUACUGACGGGAUGUGCACGUCUUUCCGGGUAUCAUUUUCAGCAAUUUAUUCUAAGACCGGGUAUCUGUUCAAAGGAUAUAAUCUAAAGCCGGUUGCAUGAUUUUCGCUGCCCGUCCAUUGUUUUUGUGGUGUUCUGGCAACCAUGGCAACUGGCACCAAAGCUUUUGUUUUCCUUUGUUCCUUUUUCCAGAAAUUCUAAAGCCGGGUGUCAUCUUUAGCUUUUUUUCUAAAGCCAGUUCACCAAAACAAUCUUAGGAGUGCACACCCCCGUCGUUUUGGUAUCCAAGUGCUCCCCCCCCCGGGCUACAGACUCUCAAUGGUUCAGCAUCUAAUAUUUCAAGAGUUUAUUUCAGCCCAGAGAAAAAUUCAGGUUUUUUAAGGGCAUUGCCCGAGUCCUUGUUUCGUGAAAGGACACCACAACUUUAAGUGAUUGCUAACUCUGUUUCCCAUACGAAUACAUGCUUAGAUAAGAACCUAGAUUAAAAAUAUUUGCCCUAUAAUCCAAAUUAACUCAAGAGCAACCUGAUCUCAAAAGGGAGUCAGCAUGAUUAAAAGGAUGACGUAAAAUAGUUUCUUUCUUUAUGUGUCAAUAAAUUACAGAUGUUUUCAAAUGAUUAGACAUCCUAAACAUCCCUGUGUUCGCGUUUCAGAUUGGCCUAUUUUGAUCAUAUAUAUAUAUCUUAGCGUAGUCUUGAUCUAUGUUUUGACGUUUUAUACUCUGAAUAGUGUCUGACGUAAAACUUUAAUAUGCUUUUACAUGAAAUCCAAGUUUAAUUUAAAAAGCAGUAAAAAAAGACGAGUAAUUAAGAAUACAAUAAUAAGAUUUGAUUGAGACCAGAUUGUAGGCUGAAUUUUAUCAUGUUUGCAGAUAUUACUUGAAGUUUCGAAAAUGUUUAUAAACACUUUAUGAACAUUUGUGGAUGUUAGCUUCUAAUAUUAUGCACAGCUUCAAUUAUCAGCAGUUCUUCUAUGCUUGAAUCUCGUAGAAAACUCAGCUAAUGUUUAUUAAUAUGCAACGGACCUAUCAUAAUAAUAACCAUAUUGAUGUGUUCUGAUUGACUAAGCCUACUUGAAGAUGUGUUACUAUUGUCACUUAGUGACCACUUGUACAAAAACCUGCAAAAGGAACACAUGUGUAUUUAAAUCUUUUAUGACAUAUGCAAGAUUCUUACCAUAAUGACCCGGACAUAAUUCAACUAGCGCAUUAUUGCGUGUACAGUUGCCAAACAAAACUAAACACAACAAUGAAUUGAUUUAUAAUAGCACCAGCAACCAGCAACGUAUGCUUAUAAAGAGAUCCAUUGCACCUGCAGACUAUUUUCUUUAAUCGUCGAUAUAUUUUGAGCGUUUGAGAAGUAUUCCACUCCCUUACGAAUAGUACACACGACAAGAGGUGAACAGGAAAUAUGCAAAAAGGAAGGCCAAACAAACAAUUGUUAUUUUGCAGCUGCGUUAUAGGCCUAAUAUGGUUCUUUUUCGAAACUUCCUGUCAUUGCUACCUCCUGCGGCUGAGAUGCAAGUCGUAUGCCAAUUUUUCAAUAAAGGCAACGGGUCAUUUACUUGAAGGAUCAUUGAUUCAAGAAAUCUAUGGCAUCGAUUUGAACGAAUGCAAAUUGCACUGUGUGCUAAAUCAGCAAUGCAAGUCAAUCAAUAUAAAAUAUGAUGGUUCUGGAUUAUGUCAACUUAAUAACAAAUCAAGCCAUGACAUGAAAGAUAAAGUCAACUUGACAAACAAUAAUGACUGGGAAUUUUACACAACAAAUUAUUCUGUCAGAGCAGUAGGGCAGAACUGCAUGGCGGCGAAUAAAUGCCGUCAAAAUGAAAUUUGCUUGGAUACAUGUGGUUGUCCUGGAUACGAAUGUAUACGAUGUGGAAUGUUAAAUAGAGGAAUCCAUUGCAAUAGAUGUAUCAGCAAUCCAUGCCAAAAUGGAGGCAGAUGCCGACACUUUGGUGGUAGCAUAUGCGAUUGUAAGCCUGGGUAUAAUGGCACGUUUUGUGAAAAUGACCCUUGCUUGUCAAACUCUUGCCAAAAUGGCGGGUAUUGUACAGUCACAGCCAGUGGCCCACAAUGCACUUGCCCAUCUGGAUACACAGGAAACAUAUGUGAAACAGCAGAAUACAGUGAUGACCAAUGGCAAACUGGUUGCUAUUAUGAAGGUGUUAUCAAUCUUGAGACUGAAUUCACAAGUAAGACCAAUUGUUUCACUCUUUGCAAAGACAAUCUUUAUACAGCAGCCUUCAUCAAUACCGUUACCACGAAAUGUGUGUGCACUAUAUCAACAAAUCAGGUGCCAAUGGGUGACAGGUUAUGUAUAGAGAUAAAGCAAGAUUUAUUCUUUCUACCAAAGUGCUUAUUUACAAGCUCAAAAAUAUUAAACAGUGGCAGCCCUUACAGCAGACGAGGUUGUUAUAAUGCGUGUGUAAAUCAAGGAUAUAUCUCUGCAUCACUUCAUGUCGAUAAAGAUUGCUACUGUUCCAAUGAAGAGUCAACUACACCGAACACUGUUCACGACUGCAUUUCAAAGAAUAGAUUUUCGCUGUAAUGGCAGAUAUCUCAACGAUGGUGUACGAGUUUGCACGGUGCAAGGUUGACAAUGGCUUUUUUUCUUCGCUUGGUCUCCAUUGCCAACGGCUAACAUUCGUAGAGCUGUUGGCUUUCUGUUUGUAUAAGUACACUGCAAAACAACUUAAUGUAUAGUUAUGUAUAGUUAUUAAAUUGCCUUAAUGCACAAUUUUUUUCAUCAUAAGAAACAUUUUCAUUUUCACUCUUCUUUGAGUUCAUUUCAGAGCAAAUUAGAGUAAUUUAAACUUUUGAUAAUUUGUACAAUAAUUAGAGAUUCCGAUAAAAAUGUAACAAGAAUUUUUAUUUUCCAUAAAUUUAAACAUAAUAUAAUAACAUUCGAACUGAAAUAGAAAUUUCUUCUGAUCUGUAUUGUCAUGUUAUCUUUUUUCUCAAAAUGUAACACUCCGGGAAAAAAUAACAAACAAUGUAAUUAUUCCGAUAAGAUCAGAUCUUUUUAGACAAAAGAGCAGUUUAGCUUUACAGGGGUUUCUCGCCCCUCUGACCCCCCCUCCCCCUAUCUACGCCACUGCACAAGAGAAAGGCACGCUCCUAGUAUAGGCCGUUCGCCAUGCUCUAAGAAUCUAGCAAUGAAAGUUCAUCUCAAAAAUCAUUUUUGUUGUCCAUAUCUAGAACUCAUUUGUGUUGUCUUAUUGUUUACAUCUUAUCUGCAAGGCAUGGUGUUCUAUUAAUGUCAUGAAUAUUUUAGCAAAGUGUGGGACAGAAAGGCUCAAAAAUCCGCUGCACUAUUUCUGUUUGUAGAGUUCACCGUCAAAAUUAAAUAAACUAUGUUUCAGGAUAAAUAACAUGUCUUUGGGAUAGCAUCAACAUAGGCCUCAAUGUUUUUAUGGAUUUACUUUAACUGAAACUUGCUAUAACUUUUAUGUGAAUAUUCCCGUUUUUAUUGAUUAUCACUAAUUUGAUUAGGCAAAGAAAAUCAUGAGAAUUAUGUUGAUACUGUAGUCGCUUCCUCUCGAGUCAAUUGCUGUAAUUCUCACCUUUAUUUGCUUAAAAAGCAUACUUUAUGUGAAUGGAGACUGUUUCACACUAUAGUAACCACAGAGGAUGUUUCACACUAUAGUAGCUACUUCUAGCCUUCAUACUUUGUUGCUACAUUCCUAGGCAUCAGGUGAUCACAUCACAUUUAGGGAUAAAUUUGAGGUUAAACCAAACGUUAUCAAUAAUUAAUUAAGUACAAAGCCAAAUUUGUACAGCUUUAAAUGUGAUGCUGUGUAUAAUGAUAAGGUUUGCCAUCGCUUAUAAUUUUCUUCUCUUUUGAGCUGAUUGAUAACUAGCAUACAGAACAAAAUGAUGGAAGUCCGCAGGAUUUAGAAGUACUGGACAAAGUUGUCAGAUAGGUUUGAUAUACUUGAUAUGAAAAGAUAAGAAAAAUUAGGGUCGUCUGUAGCAUUUCAAGGUUGGAGGGGCAUAGGUAGAAAAGGGUCAUAUGCCAAAAAAGAGGGACCUUGUCAGAGGUUUCUCCUUACAAAAAGGCAUUUUCUAAUGGUCGUAUAGAUCUUAACUUCAAAGUAAAAAAUCAUAAAUUUCCCCGGUUUCGACGUCCCUUUUAAGGGGGCUCUCUCAAAACCAAUAAGCAGCUAUAGCCCCUUCCUAAAGCACCCAGUUUGCGGGAAUCUUCAAAAAAGAUUUGUUGAAUUGUCGAAAUUUUAAGCAAAUACCUUUUUAGCCACUCCGAAAACUUA